AUGUCAGUGACAAAACUUGAAUCACUUUCGAAUGAAAUAUUGCUUGAUCUUAUCGAAAAUUAUAUCAAUGGAGUUGAUAUAUUUAUUUCAUUCUUAAAUCAAUUGAAUAGUCGUUUCGAUGCACUCAUUAAUCGAUGUAAACAAUUUUAUUUUGAUUUUACUUGUAUUAAAAAGUCAGACUUUAAUUUUUGUAUGAAUCUUCUACCAAUUUAUCAUGAUAUGAUAACAAGUUUAACUUUAUCAGAAUGUGAUACACCUGGUCAAAUUCAUUCAUUUCUAUAUUUAUUUCGAUCAUUCGAACAAUUCAAACGACUUCGUCGACUUUAUUUGGAUUUUGAUGCUAAUUCAGUCGAUCUUAUGGAUCAAGGACUUCAUUCUAUAUUAAAAACACAUAUUCAUACAUUAUCAAUUAAAGGUAAAAAUGUUCGUUCAUUAUUUGAAUUCAAUUGUGUUGUUUUGGCAAUGUUAACAUUGACGAAAAUUCGACGAUUUUUUCUUUCUGUUGAUAUUCAACCUGUUUUUUGUUAUUUUCCAUCAUUGAAUUUAUUGAAUCUUGAACAUUUGACCAUUGAAGGACGAGGCUGUACAUGGACCAAUGUUGAGCAUAUUUUCAAAUGUGCUUCUCAUCUCAUCUAUCUAAAUGUACGAAUUAGUCAAGAAUCAUCAAAUUUAACUGAAUCAAUAAAUGAUAAACAAUCUAAUAUUCAACCAUUAACAAAACUUCAUACAUUGAUUUUUGAAUUCAUCAAUGAUUAUAGUUCAAUUACAUUCGAUAAACUUGCAUUUUAUUUUAAUAUCAUGCCAAAUUUACGUCAAUUAGAAAUAACUGAUACAACAGCUCAAUAUCGUUGUCUUCCUAGUUGGAAAAGAUUAUUUGAAACAUCAUUACCAUUGUUAAAUAAAUUUAUUUUAAAAAUUGGUAGACUUUUUCUUUCCGACGAAAAUAUUGUCGAUAUGUUAUCAUCUUUAGAAGAUCCAUUUUGGAUUGUAAAGAAAAAUUACGAAAUCUAUUUUAUAACACAUGAUUAUACUGAUGAUGAUAAUAUUAUUCUUUAUUAUUAUCCUAUUGAUGCCAGACUUAAUAUGAAUAGUUCUUGGAAAAAACAGGAAAAUAACCUACAACUUUGGACUAUUCCUCAACAUUCAAUUGAAAAAAUGUCUCUUCGCAGUUUGGCAUUGAAAUUUGUUUAUUCUAUUAUAUCACUUAUCAAAGAUAUUCGACAAGAACGAUGGAAUCAUAUAUUGUGUCCUGAAAAUCGAUUUCUAUUUACACAAUCAAAAGAAUGGAUAACACUUUGGAUUGAUGAAUCGACGUUUGAGGGACCUUUUUGGCAAUCAUUUCAAUUAAUUCAUAAGGAAGCAGCUAAACGAAGAACAUCAAAAGUUCGUCAAAGUAGAUGUAUCUGUUGUUGA